UGGGCUGUGAUGGCGGCGACGACUGUGGUGACUGUGCCGGCUGCGGCCGCGGCCACUGCCCCCGCCCCGGCCCCGGCCCCCACCCCCGCGUCAGCCCCGGAGGAAGGCGCCUCCUCAGUACACUGGUUCCGCAAGGGGCUGCGGCUCCACGACAACCCGGCGCUGCAGGCGGCCCUGCGCGGGGCGCGCUGCGUGCGAUGCGUCUACAUCCUCGACCCGUGGUUCGCGGCCUCGUCCUCGGUGGGGAUCAACCGCUGGAGGUUCCUCCUCCAGUCCCUGGAAGACUUGGACAUCAGCUUAAGGAAACUGAACUCUCGCCUCUUUGUAGUCCGAGGACAACCAACCGAUGUGUUCCCAAGACUCUUCAAGGAAUGGGGUGUGACCCGCCUGACCUUCGAAUAUGACUCGGAGCCCUUUGGAAAAGAACGGGAUGCAGCGAUUGUGAAGAUGGCCAAGGAGGCUGGUGUGGAGGUGGUAACAGAAAACUCCCACACCCUCUAUGACUUGGAUAGGAUCAUUGAACUGAAUGGGCAGAAACCACCCCUCACCUACAAGCGCUUUCAGGCCAUUAUCAGCCGCAUGGAACUGCCUAAAAAGCCCGUGAGCUGCGUGACAAGCCAGCAGAUGGAGCGAUGCCAAGCCGAGAUUCAGGAGAACCAUGAUGACACCUAUGGUGUGCCUUCCCUGGAGGAACUUGGGUUCCCCACUGAUGGACUUGGCCCAGCUGUUUGGCAAGGAGGAGAGAUGGAAGCUCUGGCCCGAUUGGACAAACACUUGGAAAGGAAGGCCUGGGUCGCCAACUACGAGAGACCAAGAAUGAACGCCACCUCCCUGCUGGCCAGCCCCACAGGCCUCAGCCCCUAUCUGCGCUUUGGCUGCCUCUCCUGCCGCCUCUUCUACUACCGUCUCUGGGAACUGUAUAAGAAGGUCAAGAGGAAUAACACCCCACCGCUAUCUCUGUAUGGGCAACUCCUUUGGCGAGAGUUUUUCUACACUGCAGCAACCAACAACCCCAAGUUUGACCGAAUGGAAGGGAACCCCAUCUGCAUCCAGAUCCCCUGGGACCGCAACCCGGAAGCCCUGGCCAAGUGGGCAGAGGGCAAAACCGGCUUCCCUUGGAUUGAUGCCAUCAUGACCCAGCUUCGGCAGGAGGGCUGGAUCCACCACCUGGCCAGGCACGCUGUGGCCUGCUUCCUGACCCGCGGAGACCUCUGGGUCAGCUGGGAGAGCGGGGUCCGGGUGUUUGAUGAGCUGCUCCUUGAUGCUGAUUUCAGUGUGAACGCAGGCAGCUGGAUGUGGCUGUCCUGCAGCGCCUUCUUCCAACAGUUCUUCCACUGCUAUUGCCCCGUGGGCUUCGGCCGCCGGACAGACCCCAGCGGAGACUACGUCAGGCGCUACCUACCCCAGCUGAAAGGAUUCCCCUCACGCUACAUUUAUGAGCCCUGGAAUGCCCCCGAGUCUGUGCAGAAGGCGGCCAAGUGCAUCAUCGGGGUAGAUUAUCCCAAGCCCAUCGUCAACCAUGCCGAGACCAGCCGGCUCAACAUCGAGCGCAUGAAGCAGAUCUACCAGCAGCUUUCCCGCUACCGGGGCCUCUGUUUACUGGCUUCUGUCCCAUCAUGCAUGGAAGACCUCAGCAACCCCAUGGCAGAGACGAGCGUGGGCCAGGCCAGCGGUGUUAGCACAGGCCCAAAGCCCCUCCCCUGCAACCCAGCAUCCCCCAAACGCAAACUGGAAGCCAUGGAGGAGGCAUCUGGAGAGGAACACAGCAAACGGGCCCGUGUGAUGGCGGCGUUGCCCGUACCAGAGCUGUCUGGCAAAGUGUGAGAGUGUGAAACACCAGCUUGAGGGCAUUGGGAGAGAGGAUAGUAUGCAGAGCUGAGCAGAUGCAGAAAGAUGGGUGCAGGAGGGCCGCAAUGCCAGUAGACCACAGACUACGGGGAAAGCAAGUCCCCUGAGAAGAGAGUGUAUGUGUGUGCCUGUCUGUGUGCCCGCAUGUGGGGAGGAGCCUGAGUAAGGGCGUGAGGUGAUAUGUGGUGGGGAGGAGGCAGCCUGCACUCCUAGAGACACCCUUGUAUCCUCGAGGCCACUCGAAGCACCUUGGACUGCAGCUCUCCAGCCCCCCCGCAAGCCCAGAGGUCAGGCCCCAGUAGGGGCCCCUGGAGCAAGUGACCUUGUCCUCCCGUUUCCUUGUGUCAGGGUGAUAGGUCUGUGCUUCUGCUCCCAUCUGGGCCAUGAUGCUGUAGUGGGAGCAGCAGGGCUGGACACUGGCCAGACCCUGCAUUUGCCCAGCUUUGCCCAGACCCCAGCCCUCCAGUGCCAGGCCCUGCUGUGGUAGAGCCUGAGCAUCUUCUAGAUUAAGGGGGUCUGAAACUCUUUCCUCCUCAGAGAGCGGGACUAAGCAUCCUGAUCGAGCAUGGCAUCAUGCAGGGGGCUGUUGGAAGACCCCUCUGGGGAGUCUGCCACAGCCCACCCUGCCUUGCCUUGCUCCCUGGGGGCUCAUUGCCUCAGGUCAGGUGCAGAAAUUAAACUCUAUUAUAAAGCAGAGGCCACUCAUGGCAUCUUAGCUUAAAGGGAUACUGGGCCUCAGAGGGUAGAAAUCUCCUUCAACCAGUAGGUUGAAUUCUUCAUGGAGUUCUUAUGGUGGCACCCCGCCCUUCUCCCACCUGUGGCACCCAGUGAGGAGGAGCUGCCAGCCUAGCCCCAGGGAGUCGUCCCCUGCUGCUAUGGACAUUAAAGCCUGGGAACUGGUCAGUGUACUGGGAUGGCCAGGAGUAGUCAGCUGAGGGGAGGCCUGGAUUUAGGGGUGUCCAGAGGCCUCAAGCUUCCAUUGUUGCCCCCCCCUCCCCUGCCUCCUCUUCCUCCCGUACAGGGGUGAAGGCCUGCCUUGGGCUGGGUCAGAAACCAGCAUGGAAUAAAACUUGGGGUAGACUGAAGUAAAAUGUAACCACCUGGAAAAGUCUUCCUUCCCACUCCAGCUCUCUUGGGGCUGCAGAAAGACGGGUGCGUGCGUGCGUGCGUGCGUGCAUGCGUGCGUGUGCGUGUGCGUGUGCAUGUGUGUGUGUGUGUGUGUGUGUGUGUGUGUGUUCAUUCAUGUUAGUGUUCGUGUUCAUUCUUCCUGGUUCUGUGACACCCAGCUGGUCCCAGAGCCUUGCUUCUCUUCCAGUCUCCUUUAAUCAGAAGCUGUGUAGCCUCCUUGGCUCCAUACACUGUCCCCUUGUGGCCUUCCUGUCCUUCACCCACAGCUUUUGGCCACCUUUUUCCUGAAACCUCCCCCAACUCUUGUCCAAAGAGCUACCCUCACCAUUCAGCUGUCACCUUGCCCAUUUCCUCUAGAAGUGCACUUUGUCUGUCCCAGAGUGGGUCGUGAGAGUAAGGAGCAGUAGAACAUGCCCCUAAGCUCCCUUCUGUUUGGGGGCUGCUGCCACUAACCGGGCACAGACUGACCUGGCAGUGUGUGGACCAUGGAGGAUGUGCAAGAAGUUGGGGCAGCAGCCUCGGAGUGGGGGUCCAGGUCAGAGAGCUCUGCUGAUUCCCUCCCCCCAAAAGAAAGCAAAACCUCCAGUCUUCUGCCCCGCCCCCACCCCUCCUUAAUUUAUUGGCAGUUGUAGCCUGUCCCCAGUCUGACCUGCAGAUGGAGCAGGACAGGUCUUCUCCAGGCCUGGAUUAGCCCUUCUCCCUUCCCUACCUUAAACUGGCCUCUGGGGCCCACUGCCCCAAGCUUUUCCCCAGCUAGUUCCUAAGGGAACUGUGGGGAUUGACGGCAAUGGGCCCAGUGCCCUUUGUACAGAGACUUCAGAAGCUGCUUUCUGUUGUUUAAAGGUGUGGUGUUUCUCCUGUGGUCUGCCUGUAAAAUAUAUUUUUGUUUUAUAAACGUCUGACCUUG